AUGGUAGACCACAUACCCUCUCUUCCGUGGGAAGAACUCGCCUCCAACUUCACUUACAUCCGCGCCAACCCCGCCGCCAAAGGCAUCACAGACCUCUUCCCGCAGGCCCUCCCAACACUACCCGAAGACCUGAACAGCUUCAUCCUCACCCUGACUCAAAAGCUCAAACACGACUCCUCUCUAGAACGAAGCAAGUACGCAGAAACAUACGACGCGCCCGACGAAGAAGAAGUACUCAUCGACGACGAGACCGUCCGCGAAAUCACGCCCUUCUUCCGCAGACUGCACAAAUACCACCCGCAACACCGCCUCAGCGACAACAGAUGGCCGAACGGCAUCGCCGAUGACAACCCGGGCUGUCGACACCCCGCGGAGGUGCGGUGUCGAUGCCUGAUCCCGUACGAGGAGAGGAAGGUCAAGGCGCUGACGCGGACGCAUGAGUACAACACGUGCUUCGAGUUCUGGAUGGUGAACGGUAUGGGGUUCCGCGGUUGGGAGAUUGUGAGGACGUUGCUUGUUCAUGGCAAGAUGGAGCCGCUUUUGAGGCUUUGUAAGUGCCCUUUUGUUGACAGCAUUGGGCAAUUUCCGUCUUGGUGGGAUGUGGGCUCUUGUGUCUGCGAAGGUCCUGAUGGGGCGAUGUCCUUGCUAUACGAAAAGACCGCAAUGUCUUUCAUCUGUCUUCAACUCCUGCGCCACCAUCCGCAAAUACAGCAGAGAGACAACCCAGAAGUCGAUUACCGACUGACGCGGAUGUACCAGCACACAGUCAGACACGUAACCAAAGACGAAGGCAUCUCCGACCUCCCCAACAUCGCCCACCGCGACUUCUACGGCAUCGGGGACCAGCAGUUCUUCACGACAGACCCGCAACCCCGGGACAAAGAGCGCUGGGUCCACCUCAACACGGAGCGGUUCCAGUUCGAGCCGCACUACCCCGAGGGCCUCAUCACCUUUGACGAGCUUUUGAACUUUGAGGUGGAAGCCGCGUACAGACCCCACGGAUCCGACGUCGCGUUCGUGCAGAACUUGUUGUAUGCCAGACGGCUGCCGACCGAGCUCGUCGACGAGGUGCUGGACUUGGCUGAGUAUCAACCUGGACGGAGACUCAAGGUCGCGCAUGACCCGCUCCAUCCGGGGAAUAGUGAAGAGUUGGACAAGUAUCUCGAGGAAUGCUGGGCUGUUAUGGUGAGGUGCGAGGUAUUCGCCGCAGAGUUUGAUGAGGAGAUUAGUUGGAUUGCUGUUUUCGCGAGGGCAUUCAGGGAACUGCUUCCCAGUCUCAGACUUCACACUAAGCCGGGGAUGGUUCGAUCUGAUGAUGGCUGGGUUGAGGACGUGGCGAUUUUCGUGUGA